AUGAACACCAUGGUCCCAGGUGCUCACCUGCGUCCUUCAGGAGAUCUGCAGGGAGCAGUGCGAGAUACCACUCAAGAGCCCUGUGGACGAUUAUCAUUCAUGAAGGAGCCAAAAUCUACAAGAGGCCUCGUUCAUCAAGCCAUAUGUAACCUAAAUAUCACUUUACCCAUUUACACAAAGGAAUCAGAGUCAGACCAAGAACAAGAAGAAGAGGUUGAUAUGACUUCGGAAAAAAAUGACGAGACAGAAUCUACAGAAACAUCUAUCCUGAAAAGUCAUCUGGUUAAUGAAGUCCCUGUACUAGCCAGUCCAGACCUGUUGUCUGAAGUUUCUGAGAUGAAACAAGAUUUGAUCAAAAUGACUGCCAUCUUGACAACUGACCCUUCUGAUAAAUCAGGCUCCAUUAAAGUGAAAGAUCUUGGAAAACCCACUGAAGAAGAGCCAGGAGAGCCUUUUGAAAUAGUUGAAAGAGUGAAAGAAGACUUAGAAAAAGUAAAUGAAAUUCUGAGAGGUGGAUCCUACACCAGAGAGGAACGUGUUUUGCAAAAGUCCCUUUCCAGUCAAGAACUUGUAGAAGAAGAAUGGGUCAUUGUCAGUGAUGAAGAAAUUGAAGAGGCCCGAAGAAACGCUCCUUUAGAAGUCAGUGAACCUACCUGUGUAGAAGUCAGGGUAGACAAAGAGACAACAAAACCAGAGAAGCGAGACAUGGCAGGAAUGGUAGAUUACCUUACAGAGGAUUUAAAAACACAUAUUUCUCUUCAUGAGGUACAGCCGCCGGCCUUACAAGAAGACCUAGUAGAGGAGAGAUUUGAAGCUGUAGUAAUAAGCAGGGAUUCUGAAAAAGAAGGACAAGAAUCUCCAACAACUGAAACACUAAGUCCGCAGGAGCAACACAAGCCAGCCUUAGAAAUUAAAAAGCCGGUUAGGACAAAAUUAAGAGACAAGCAAAAGCAAAAGGAAGGCAAGAUGCACAGCGGUGAAGAAAAACCGGGACUAACGAAGCUCACUUCAGAUGAGUCACGAGGUGGGGAACCUGGCUUAACACCGGCAGCUCCUCCUGAGGCUAAAGCUGUAUCCCCUGUUAUAGAGGAAACUCCUAUUGGCUCAAUAAAAGAUAAAGUUAAAGCUCUGCAGAAACGAGUGGAAGAUGAACAAAAAAUACGGUCAAAACUGCCUGUCAGAAUUCAAACAAGAGAAGGCACUGCUGAAAAGGCAUCUAAAAGACCGGUGCAAGUCAAAAAAACAGUAGCACACAAAGCACAACCACCCGUUUCACCUUCUUCUAAGACAGAAAGACUUGAAGAGACCAUGUCAGUUCGUGAACUGAUGAAAGCCUUCCAAUCAGGUCAAGACCCAUCCAAGAAUGUAUCUGGACUCUUUGAGCACAAAUCUGUCAAACAGAAGCAACAGCUCCCUGAGAAGGAAACAACCCGGAGAAAACCAGUUUCUUCACAAAGCGAACUGAAGCGAGGAUCAAGCCACAAGACAGACAAACAGAAGGACAAACAAAGCACGGUAUCCAAAGCAGAGAAAGAGCCACAAUCCAAAAAAGGAAAACCACAAAUUUCUGCCGUCGAAGUCACCAAGAAAGCCGCAGGUAAAGACCAGGUGAAAGGGCAGAGCAGCAAAAAACCGACUGAACCUCUCCCUCCUGUAUUUGAUGAUGAAAGUGCCAAAGACACAGCAGCUGUGAAGGGCAGGACUUCUGACGACCAAGGAGAUACUGACUUCCAGAUCAGCCCCGACAGGAAAACCUCAACAGACUUUUCUGAUGUCAUUAAAGAAGAACUGGAGGAUAAUGACAAAUAUCAACAGUUCCGACACCUUUCAGUGACAGAGGAGGGAGAGCUUAACUUGGAGCAAGUUCUGACCAGUCCUUUCAGUGUCGCUUUUCCCACAGAGUAUGUGAAAGAUGGGUUCCUUCCUGCUCUUUCUCUGCAAAGUGCCGCUUUUGAUGGGAGCUCAGAGAGCCUUAAACACGAAGGUGUGGCUGAUUCUCCAGGUAGCCUACUUGACGGAACCCCUCAGAUCAGCUCUGAGGAAAGUUAUAAGCAUGAGGGUCUGGCAGAGACUCCAGAAACAAGCCCUGAAAGCCUUUCAUUCUCACCAAAGAAAACUGAUGGGCAAAUUGAAGAAGCUAAGGGAUCAACUAGAGCACAAACAACAGCAGAAACAUGUUCUCCGAAGGAACCCUCUUCAAAAGAUGAAAAAGGUAUUACUGAAAGACAGCUAGAUGCUGUUACCGAGACUACUAAGUCUCAUUCUGACCAUGUAUCAGAAGAGCUUGUACCUACAGCCUCUGAAGAAGAGGCUGAUAAACUUACAGAAAGUAGCUCAGCAUCCAUUAUGAAAGAUAUUAGCAGGGAUAAAGAAUCCAGGACCACUGCACAUUUAACUAAGUCUUCUGAAACACAUGACACUGCUUUAGAGAAAGAAAAAGAUAUAACCUGUGAACGCCGUGUUGCGGUUAGAAGUCCCCAGAAAUUGGAACUUUCACUUGCUAGCCAUGAUAGUGAAUGCUUUAGCCCAGUUGCAGAUGACUCUUUGGCUAUAAGUCACAAAGACUCAUUGGAAGCAAGCCCAGUGCUAGAAGAUAACUCAUCACACAAAACACCUGAUUCUUUGGAGCCCAGUCCGAUGAAAGAGUCUCCCUGCCGUGAUUCCCUUGAAAGUAGCCCUGUAGAACAAACAGUGAAGGCUGUUAUUUUGGGGCAGGGUCCUCUUCAGUCUGUUCUUAGCAAAGGAGAAACCUGUCCAGAGCUGGCAUCAGUGCGUUCCAGGAUUCUCCGUGACCCUGAGGGAAGUGCUGAUGAUGACAGUCUAGAGCAAACGUCCCUCAUGGAGAGUUCAGGGAAAAGUCCUCUUUCACCUGAAACCCCUAGUUCUGAAGAAAUUAGCUAUGAAAUCACACCCAAAACAGCAGACUCGCAGGCACUGUCUAACAUACCAAAGUCGGCCGUGAUCCCUGAAGUCAGCGAAGAACCAGAGGAUGAUCCAGAAAGUGAACCAAAGAAGAGAUUCACCCCUGAAGAGGAGAUGUUUAAAAUGGUGACCAAAAUCAAAACGUUUGAUGAGUUAGAACAAGAAGCAAAACAAAAGAGAGAUUACAAAAAGGAUUGCAAGCAAGAUGAAUCUUCUGUAGUUGCUGAUUCAGAAACUGCACGUGAAGCUGAAGAACCAGAGUCAACAGCUGCAGGAGAAAAAGUUAUGCCUGCAGUGGUGACGUCUGCAGCUGAAUCGAGAAAAGGCUCUUCCUCUUCAGAAAGUGAGCCGGAACUGACUCAGCUAAAAAAAGAAGCCGACUCAGGCCUCUUAAUGGAGCCGGUGAUCCGAGUGCAGCCACCCUCCCCAUUACCAUCCAGUGUUGACUCCAGUUCUAGCCCCAGCGAAGCAGGUUUUCAACCCAUUGAUUCCAAGCAGUGCUCUGUCGGGGUAGGUGCAGUUAAAGUAGAACAGGAUGAGCCAACAGGAGAUGACAGAGAGGAACCACUUAUCCUCAGGGGCAGCUGUAAGGCUUCCCCAAGAGAAUCGGGCACUUGUCAUUCCGAUGGUUGUGUGCCAGCGGGCACUGAUGAAUCAAAAUGUGACAGUACAGAUGACAGUGAGACAGUUAGUCCCAAUGCCCCAGUCACACAGUCUGGGGGUACUCUGUGUCAUUCCGCUGGUGACAGUUCUCAAGGGGAAGCGUGUGUUGAGUCUUCACUAACACCACGGCACCAUGAUACUACCGAAAAAGAAGUUGUAACGGCUGCGUUGUUCGCACACAAAGAUCUCACCGCUACAGGAGCUGCCACUGAGAAAGCAGAUGAUGGUUCUUGUGGACACAGUACCACUGAGUGCUCUGUACCACAAGAUAGCAAACUGGCUGAAGACAAUACCACUGACCGUUGUACUUUGAGAAGGGAUUUGGGGAAAGCAGAUAGAGAUUUUGAAACAUCUCAAAGAGAUAUUCACGCUGAGAAACCCUUUCCAGAGUAUUCAUCCCUUACCACUGAAACAGGGGACCUUGAAAGCUGUGUAGCAGAUGCUGCUGAAAGUAGUGCUCAUUAUAUAGUAAGCCCUUAUGAAAAUGUGUCUUCUGAACAUUUCUUUGCUGACUGUGAGAGUAAGGUAGGAUCUGACAGAAGUCUGCUAUCUAGGGAAAACUCUUCUGUUCAAGAAGGAAAAGACCAGACUGGUGAUGCUUUACUUAGCAGAGACACAGGUAGUGAAUAUCAUUCUUCGGAGGAAGUAUACAUGGAAAUAGAGCCAAAACUGGAGGAUGCAUUUCAGAAAAAAUCACAAGGGUCUUCAGCAUCAGAUUCCAAAAAAUUAGCUGACCCUGGCCUUAAGGACGUAAGAGAUGAAACAGAGAAAUUGAUCAGUCAAGUUGUCAUCACUAAAACUGAUGUGGAUUCUGACAUGUGGAGUGAAAUACGUGAAGAUGAUGAAGCUUUCGAAGCUCGGGUGAAAGAGGAGGAACAAAAGAUAUUUGGGCUGAUGGUAGACAGGCGAUCACAAGGCACAACACCCGAUACAACACCAGCCAGAACACCCACUGAAGAGGGGACACCACUUAGUGAACAAAAUCCUUUUCUUUUUCAGGAAGGAAAGUUGUUUGAAAUGACUAGAAGCGGAGCCAUUGACAUGACCAAAAGAAACUAUCCAGAUGAAAGCUUUCACUUCUUCCAAGUGGGGCAGCAGCCUCAGGAAGAAGCUUCUUCAUCUGAAGAAGUGAAAGAAGCAGCAGAGGUGGAAUCUUCUAAGCUUAAGAGCUCACCAGAUCCAUUUUCACCGUCAGAAUCAGAGGACUUGGAUGUGCCAGAAAAAGAUAUGCUGAAAUGCUCAUUCCCAGAAUCUGAGUCUAGCGAUAAAUCAGAAGAAAUGAUGGGUGACGGUGUCAGCACAGGCACCCCAAAAGCAGAUCUCAAAUCCAGAAUUCCAAUUAAAAUGGGUAUUUCAGCUUCUUCAAAAUCACCAAAGAAAGAAAGCGCUGCCUCUGAAGCUGAACCCCUCUCCGGAAUGGAGACUGACACGGUUGAUAGCGGUCAGGUGCCUUGCCCAGUCUCUCCUGAGCAGUCUGUAGUAGACGAUGAAUUUGAUUUUUCCAAAACGACUAGAUCGGUUUGUUCCGAACAGGGUGACGAGUCCCCCGACUCUUCACCAGAGGAACAGAGAUCUGUGAUUGAAAUCCCUACUGCUCUAAUGGAGAGAGUGCCUUCUUGUGAAAGCAAAUCCAAAAUUCCUGUAAGAACAGCUGCUACUGCAUCGCAGUCCUUGCAACAAUCAGAACAUGACAGCCUUCCCGCAGACGACGUCCUAGACAGUUUGCAGUGUGAAGGGGCAGAUGACCAAGCAAAACCAAAGUCUAAAAUUCCUGUCAAAGCAGCUUUCCAAAAAACUGAACAACAACAUCCGUGCACAGACGCAUCUGUCCGCAAGCUAGAGUCACCCAAAGCUCUUGACAUGACAAGUAAGGCACCUGUGAAGCAAGACAGCCGAAGCAAAUCUGAAUCUGAUGCAAGUAUUCCCAUGGACCCAAAGACUAAACGUUCAGUAAAAGCUAGGAGUUAUGCUGAGGCAGAAGCAGAGACCAGGGAGAGGGAGGGCGAGAUGAAGCUUGAGCUAGACUCAGAUGAGGCAGCAACAGCAAGAUCCAAGGUAUUUUCAUCACGGCUGCCCGUUAAGAGCAGAAGCACUACGGGCUCCCGCAGUGCUUUUAGUCCCACAAAAGAAAGUAAGGAACACUUUUUUGACCUUUACAAAAACUCCAUAGAAUUCUUUGAAGAAAUUAGUGAUGAAGCUUCUAAAUUAGUGGAAAGACUCACACAGUCAGAGAGAGAACAAGAAUUAGUUUCAGAUGACGAAAGCAGUAGCGCCCUAGAAGUUUCAGUUAUUGAAAAUGUGCCAUCCAGUGAGACUCAGCAGUCAGUUCCUGAAGACAUCUUUGACACCAGACCCAUUUGGGAUGAGUCUGUAGAGACUCAGAUUGAACGUAUCCCUGAUGAAAAUGUCCAUGACCAUGAUGAAGAUCAACAGGAUGAUCAAGAAAGGACAGAGGAAAGACUGGCCCACAUUGCUGAUCAUCUUGGAUUCAGCUGGACAG